AUGGGCUUGUUGAAGAAAAAAGAUUCAGCUUCUACUCACUCCUCUACUUCACCCUGUGCUGAUUUGAGAAACGCUUACCACAAUUGCUUCAACAAAUGGUAUUCGGAGAAGUUUGUGAAAGGACAAUGUGAUAAAGAAGAGUGUGUUGCUGAGUGGAAUAAGUACAGACACUGUCUCUCGGAGAAUUUAGAUGGUAAACUUCUGACUCGCAUGUUGGAGGUUGAUGCUGAGCUGAAUCCAACAGCGCCAACAUGA